CUGUCCGCUUUCGUCGUCGCUCUCCGUCUUCGCUCUGUAUCGCUAAAUACGCCCGCCUCUAACUUAUCUCUCUAACUUACUCCUUCCUCCCCCGCCCUCCGAGUCCCCGCCGCCGUCCCACACGUCGGCUGCAGCUAUCUCCGCCUCGUCUUCACCGCGCAGCUCGCUUUCGUGCGACAGCUCGCCGCUACAUCCCCUCGGGUGUAGCACUCCGGACCACUCGAUCUAGCCAGGAGUCGCCACGACUCCUCUAGGUCGCCGAGUCCGCCCCUCCAUCGUAUGACCGCGCUCCAUGCUCACUUCCACCUACGGAACCAGCAGGCCUUUCAGCGCCUGCUCGAUGGCGGCGGGGGCCCCCGACCCCAGCCCCCCGGGCUCAGCAGCAGCGGGGGCAAGUCCUGGAACAGACCGAGUCCCUUGAGCGGAAACGCCUCAGCACCGCCCCUCGAUGUCAACGCCCGCGACUGGCUCGGACGCACCGUCCUCCACCUCGCAGCCGCAGCCCAGGACGCCGCAGCCCCCGAGUAUGUCCGUAUGCUGCUUGCACACCCUGACAUACAGAUCAACCUCACGGACGCUGAGAGCCACUGGACCGCCCUCCACCGUGCGCUCUACCACGGGAACCUCUCCACAGCUAUCAUCCUCCUCCAGCGCCCGGACAUCGACAUCACCCUCCGCGACCUCGAAGGCUACACCGCCUUUGACCUCUACAACUCCACGCUCGAGGGUACCAAGCCCGCGAGCGAUGACACCGGCUCGGCGGAUUUACUGACAUGGGGCGCGAACCGCAACGCCGCGCUGGGCCUGGGCAACGGUGACGACAGAGUGUAUCCGGAACAGGUCGUCGUCCGCCCGCCAGAGGGAUCUGCAGUGUCGGAGAAGGAGAGCAUCGAUGCCCGAUUUGCGCCUAUCCAUGUCCAGCAGGUCGUCAUGUCGAAGCUUCACACAGCGGUGGUCACCUCCGAGCCUCGCGCCAACCUGCGCGUGUGCGGCUUUGGCAGCGGUGGUCGUCUGGGGCCCGGCCAACAUACGCAGUACAGCCUCAUCCCGCUCGCGCAGUUCAACAGCACCGUCGAUUCUGUCGCGCUCGGUCAGGACCACACGCUGCUAGUCACCAAGUCAGGCGAAGUCCACAGUUGGGGUCUGAACAGAUUCUCGCAGUUGGGAUAUGUGGUCGAGGUGGCGGAUAGUAUCCGGGCCCGGGGAGAGGAGCCUAUACAAACGACGGCGCGGAAGGUGGUAGGUCCCCUCAAGAACAAGGUUGUGUUGGGUGUCGCUGCAUGCAAGACUGCCUCGGCGUGUUGGACAGCUGGCGAGGUAUACACUUGGGGCACGAACAAUGGCCAACUGGGCUACGACAAGUCCGCUCACCCUGUCCAAGUCCUGCCGCGCGUCGUCACCAAAGUCUCCCAACCCGUAAUCUCCGUCUCCAUUACCGACAACGCCAUGGCAUGCCUGCUCUCCACGCAGGACGUCAUCUGCCUCUGGAACGACGGACACUUCAAGGUGAACUUCCCCGCCCAAUCGUUCCCCUCCGAGAUCGCCGCGUACCGGCCGCCACACUCGAUCAGCAACGCGAGCAUCGAGAAGAUCACGAGCUCGGAGGGCACGUUCGCCGCGCUCUCGAGCAACGGCGAGCUCUUCACGUUCACUGUCCCCGCCGGCGCGGAGUCCGGCGCGGGCGGGAGUAAAUCGAGGGCGGCGAUCGUCCCGCAGCGUGUCUGGGCCCUCAGGAAGAAGUUCACGGCUGUGAAGGACGUCGCUCUCGGCGCGGACGGCUCGAUCAUCAUCUGCACAGAGUCGGGGCAUGUCUUCGUGCGCACGCGCACGGCCAAGCCGGGCCACGGUGCCGCAGGCGGGGCGGCGGUCAAGACGCACAAAUUUACGCAGAUGCCUUAUUUGCAGCGCGUCGUCUGCGUGUGCGCGAACGUUACGGGCGCGUAUGGCGCGCUCAGGGUGGACUAUGUUCCCCCGCCGGUCAAGGUUGUGGGUCGGCUAGUCGCGCAGGACCUCGCGGAGGUGCAGCCGUGGUUGCGGUUUGAUGCGCUUGUGCAAGAGACGGGGAAGGGCGUGGUCUCGCCGACCGAGGUCGUUGGAUCUGGUGCGAUGGCACUCCUGAAUGAGGAUAUGGAGGAAGAGAUCAUGGAUGACGAACGCGAGGACUUCGUCAUCCAGAAGGACAUCAGAGACAUUCGGACCCUCCUCACCUUGCUUGAGGCCCUCAAGGCAGCAUACGCUUCCGAGCCCGCUCGCAGUCCCUUCGAAGGCAAGCGCCUCCCGCAUGGCGCCGACAUCCUCAUCCAGGUGCACUCGUAUGAGGUCCCUGCGCACCGCGUCAUGCUCGCCGCGCGUUCCCCCGCCCUCGCGCGUCUCCUCUCGGGGGGCGGGGCCAUCCAGGACGCGAGCUGGCGGUUGAGCAUCAGGCUCCUCCCGCCGAGGUCGCCCGACGCGCACCCGCGCCUCGCCAUCUCUGCGUGCCAGCCGCUCUCCGUCCUGCUAUUGCUGACCUACGUAUACUCCGAUGACGUGCCCGCGCUGUGGGACCCCCGCGUCGGCCUCGCGCUCUCGGGUGCCAUUCCUGCACUCGGAGUGCGCCUCGCACAGGUGAAGCAGGAGCUCCAGGCUCUCGCACGCGUGCUUGAGCUCCCCGCACUCUCCGCCUCGCUCGAAGCCCCCGUGAAGCGCGUGCCCAAGCCGACGAUGGUCGCCGACCUCACACGGCUCUUCACCUCCAGCCAGAUACAGCCACAAAUGCAAGGCCCACGCGGGGCGCGCGACCCGCUCGCGCCCGACGUCGUGCUCCGGCUGGCAGACAAGGAUGUGCGCACGCACGCGCUGGUGCUGCGCGCGCGCUCGCCGUUCUUCGCGGCGUUCUUCGACGAGGAGGAGUGGACGCGGACGCGGUGGACGCCCGAGGGCACUGUCGUGGUCGACCUCCGACAUCUGCGCUGGAGGGAGAUGGAGCUCGUGUGUCGGUGGAUGUGCUGUGGCGGGGAUGCGGAGAUGUUUGAUGUCAUAGAGCAUGUCAACUCGGUUGAUGACUUACUGGACUUUAUGUUCAAUGUCAUGUCUGCGGCGAACGAGCUUCAUCUCGACCGUUUGAUGUUCCUCUGCUCCGAAGUCAUCCUCAAGCGCGUGAACGUGCUCAACGUAUGCGCCGUGCUCUCUGACGCUUCGUUCUACCACGCACUUCCGCUCGUCGCCUCGUUGCACGCCUACAUGGCCGCGAACAUGGAGACAAUCCUCGAGAGCCGUAUGCUCGAUGACCUUCCCCUCUCCCUGAUCAAGCAACUCUCGGUCUUCGUGCGCGAACAGCAAGCCCACAAGUAUCCCGUCUCGCGUUCAACUCUGCUGGUAGACCGCGCGAUGCAGUUGCACGGCGCAUGGCUCGCGCUGCAAGACAUCCCGCAGCCAAUCGUGUCCACACACAAGAUGGGCGCUUUCAGGGACUCCCCGCGGCUCUCGCCACCUGGGCCGGGCAAGCGCAACCGCCGGACGUCCCAGUUCGCGACGUCUCCGCCGAGCAGCCCCGUCGUGCGUCCGGUGCUCGCGCCGCCGCCGUCUGCACAGAGCUUUCCCGCGGAUGACGAGGUCUUCAUGAUGGACGAUGCGGGGCCGUCUACGCCGAGUCAGCCGGCUGCUCCUCUGCCCGAGGCUGCUGCAGGGUGGCGUGCUAUUUCCUCUGCGCCUAGGGUUGACAUGCGGACUAUCAUGGCGGAGACGGAGAGCAGCACCUCAGUGAGGCGGACCCCUGUUCCAGGGCCCAUCGCACGCAAGCCUAGCUCGGAGAUGCCCACUCCCUUCCGUGGAACGCCUCCCAAGGCCGCCAACUUCCCUGUGCUACCCCGCGCCCCGUCGGACUCGCCAUGGAGGAUGCCGCAGCCCCCGGUCACGCCGACGAGGCCACCGGUAGGCCUGCCUUCGGUACCGACGCCUGGUAGCGGCGGUCGGCCAGAACAGUCGUCCGUAUCUCGGCCCACGGCGACCGCACCGGGGACGCAGCCUCCCACACCGACCAAGAAGCCUGCGGCAUCAGUGGGUAUGGGACCUACCAUCACGCCGUCGAAGAAACCAGCACCAGCCAAGCAUUCGCCUGGAAGCAUCCGCCGCGUGUCAAGCGGCAGCGUAUGGACUCUCCCUCCCGUCCAACCUGUCGUCCAGUCGUCCACUACCACUGGCAUGUCCUUCGUGGCCAUCCAAGAGCUUCAACGUGAACAGGAUCGCGGGCCCGACAAAGACAAGCGAUCGCUUCUCCAGAUACAAGAGGAGGAGCAAGCCCGACAGGCCGAGGAAGACUUCUUGAGGUGGUGGACCGCCGAGGAGGCGCGGCUCAAGGCUGAGGAGCAAGGUGUUCCUCAAGGUUCUCAACGUCCCCAGAAGUCGAGGAAGCCCAAGCCGUCCAAGCCCAAGGCUCCCAAGGCUGAAGCGGCUAGUGGACCCUCUGCUGCCCCCGCUUUCUCUUCCGCUCCGAAGCAGGACCGCGAGGCUCAAGGACAAGCCAAGAAGCCCCGUAAGACUCGGCCUGCGAAAGGCAGCACUGCUCCCAAGUCGACCGAUCAGUAG